AUGGAAAGACCGCCGAUCGCUGAGAAGGCUGCCACCUCAUCACCUAGCACCUGCACAGAAAAGGCACGUAACUGUUUUGUCGACUGCUUUACAAGUCCUAAGUGGAUGAACACACCGCUGCCCAAUGCCGUUACCGGUGGCAUAUCACUCACUCCGCCCAGUUGUGUUCGUGCGUCCAAGGACAUCUCAGAAAAGUCAACUGGCGUCAACCGUCACCUAAUUCUCAGCAGACUUGGUAGGUAAUUGCGAAGUAUUUUGAAGCGCACAUCCUACGCCCACAGUUCGUCACGUACGACUAACUCCUCUUUAGUUUCGAGGGCCGUAGGAGAUUCUUCAGACUAACUGUGCCGUGGCACAGCCAUUAAAGCCGAUUCACCAUUGGAAGAGGACGUACCGGUGUCUGUUGACCAACUGCUGGUAGGCAAACCCCUCGGCGAAGAGGAUGAUGAAUGGGACGAGUAACUUUCCCUCAUAUUCUUCGCGUUAAUUCGCGUAAAAGGCUUCCGACCCUUUGCUCAAUACGCCUACAAUGAGUUUUCCGCGAUAUUAACCUGUACAUCUAAAAUAGACUGCGUAAAAACCCCAGUAGUACAGGUCAAAAAAGAGGGUUAAGACGGGACAGAAAUGCGUUAGCGCAGUAACGUGAGAAGGCAGGAAAUGACAUCUAGGUUUGAGCGCGAGAAAGCAAGCACGCCCUGGGAACCUUGCUGCUACGACUACAACCAACCAGUCAGCCUGAACAGUUAGCGAACUAGACAGUCCGGUAGAUAAAGCAAUUGCCUAGCCUAGGAACCAGACAGUCUCGUCCUCUACAGCUACGGCCUACUUCGAGGGCGCCCUCGACGCCCAAAUAUUAAUGCGCCUGCGGCUCACCAUCUACAAAGGAGGACUGGAUAUCAGAGCACCUUUUGGAAACCGUCCUCAAAGAGGGAUAACUUUGCAAAUAUCACCAUUACAUUGGCCUUCCUAAAAUUUUCCCAGUUUAUGUAAUUAUCUAGGCGGACCUCUGCACUCUUCGCAUUGUUGAACCCGCGAAUAACACCACUUUUAUCAGCAGUCAAAUCUCUAUAUCUUCCAUUUUGCUCCUACAUCUGUCUGUUUUUCGUGCUCAUUCUGGUUAGUCAUGCUACAUGACGACAUGCUGUAAAAGCUACUAUGCUUGGUUCAAGCUUGACAGUCCGGUCGUCGCAUUCGACUCUGUCCACCGUAUGCUCCACAGCAGGGUCUGAACAGGGACGGCGACUUGUGCGUGAUUUAUAGUGGGAGUAAACUUGCGUUACAUCCACCGAAGUCUUUAUUCCUCACUCCCCACCUGGGACCCGGUGUCAAGACAGAGUCAAAAAGACCGGAGGCGGGGAGGGGGGCGCAGGCGGCUGACACGACUGAACCCGCACCUAGGCGCGUCACCAAAUCCCCUGGUCCACAAAACACACUUGACCAGGAUUUUAACCAAAAACGCCAAAAGAAUGGAGGCUGGCACGACCGAAACCGCACCUAGGCGUGCCGCCACACCCGGCUCAGAUCCCACGGAGUGCGAGUGCCAUAAAGGCCACAUUAAGAAGGAGCCAUUUCAGCCUGACUCUUAGACCACCAGCCGGCCACUCCACUGAAACACACAACACUGGGCCGACUGCGAAGUCCACGUUAUCCAGUCAGUCGAAAACCCUCUAAGCCACGGCUUUUGGCGCACCGUGAUGGCUUCAGGCGCGUCAGAUUGUUUAUAGUGAGGAAAAUGCGUUGAGUCGUCGACCUCACUCUCCCUUCCCAUGCCCCAGCCACUGUCCGAGCCGGUCUGUUGACUGAUGCGGGGAAUGGGCGCAGUGGCUGACAUAUUUAUUGACCUUGUCUGCGCGCGCCACAUGCACGACCUGGCCCCCCAAACACAAGCACCAGGAUUUAACACAACGAAGCUUGAGCGGCGUGUCUCCCACAUGCGGAGAGGGCAGAGCGACGGGGCGCGGGUGUGGCCAUUGCCAUCCGGAACGACCUCGUGGGACGACUGUCCUGUCUGCCGCAGGGCAUCAACGAUCGUCUGGUGAGCUUCCGCCUGCCUCUUUGAGGAGGCGAAUUUGCCACCAUCAUCAGCGUCGACGCUCCACCCAAGACUGGCUCUGACGCCGCAAAGGACAAAUUAUACGAGAACCUGCACGCCCUCCUGACGACUGUGUCGAAGGCGGAUGAUUUGAUUGUCCUUGGUGACUUCAACGCCCGCGUCAUCACAGACCAUGCUGCCUGGAGAGGAGUGCUGGGCCCCCAGGCUAUCGAUGGCUCCAAUGACAACGGCCAGCUCCUUCUACGAGCCUGCGCAGAACAUCGGCUCAUCCUGACCAACACCCGCUUCCGCCUCCCGAUGUGGGAGAAGGCCACCUGGAUGCAUCCGUCAGUGUCCCCGUACCGAGGCGAGACUAGCGGGACGAAGGUGUUGGUCAAAUAUUUCAAAAUUUAGAUAAAAGACAAAUGACACUACCUAAGUAUACUUUCACGUGGGGAAGAGAGCAUCAGUAAAUGCACACAUUUAUAGGGGUGGAAUGUAGACGCAAAUUAUUUCCUGUGAUUUGGGAGGCAAGCCUCCCCUUCAGGAUCAUUCCUAUCACUAGCAAAUAUUCUGUAUGUAUAACGAAAGCAGUUGCCUAUUUGGUAUCGUUUCCUUUAUGGAUCUUUCACUGCACCGCUGAAGUAAUCACGUGCAUCCUUACCAAAUUACAAAUAUGGCUUUAUUAUUAUCAUCCUGUAGGAGGCAAAAUCUCUCCCGUGUGGAAUGCUCAAAAGAUGAAAUACCUAGUUGUGAGAUAGAUUUUAUCAUUCCAACAAUGCUUUGAAAAGUGUCGUCAAGUAUACAUGCAUCUCAGUACUUGCAGGUUUACAAAGCCUGAUCGCAAAGUAUGGCAGUCACUUCGUACCUAAUCCGGAAAGCUGAGGUCUAAGCUGACGUCACAUCAGGUACGCUCGAUAGUGGUCAGAGUCACACAAAAGUGGAACUCACUGGCUUAGUUCGGUAGCAGAAGGAAGCCGGGUGAGGAACGGCCGUUGAAGAAGUCGCAUUAUGUGGAUCCUGGGAAAGCACAUCGAAUUCUCCAAAAGAUCCCAAAAACCCCUCCGUCGGAAGCUACUUGACAUCUAAUAUCUCAGAAGAUAAUUCUAAAAUUUCGCUGACCAAGUAAAAAUGAAAGCUACAAGUAAAGAGAAAAUGCGGACGGACAAUUGCCAUUCUGCCUAUAUCGUGCGCCGCUGUGCGACUCCUGGUUGGGCUCGAGAGAGAGAGAGAAAGAGAGAGCCCGUAAGGCACAACGGAACGAGUGAGUUCCGUAAGGACGAUCGGUGAACGUCCCUUACCAUUUUAUAUUCCGGAUCGAAAAUCGACAGGGCAGCGGGCUCAUGACCCAGUGGUUAGAGGCGUGGACUUCUAGCUAACAGAUCGUGAGUCCGAGCCUCGGGUGUUCCACACUUCGUGGUUGGGUAUGACUGGCUGACGACGGCUAAUAAGCCAGAAAUGGCCAUUCCAGUCUCCCUUGUCUUUGUCGGUGAUGUCAUUCUGCCUACAUCAUGCACCGCUGUGUGGCUGCUGGUUGUGCUUGAGAGAGAGCCCUUAAGGCACAAUGGGACGAGUGAGUUCCGAAAGAACGAUCGGUGAGCGCCCCUCUACCAUUUUAGUGAAAUCGUUUAACUUCACAGGUCUUUACGAUGACAAAUGUGUCAUCUCCUUAUCUGAGCCACAUUUUUAACUGAACAUUUUGCACUGCAUCGUCUUCUAGUUGUCGUAAAAUGAGUUCUGCGAGUAGCCCCGAAAUUAGCGAGUCAAUUGGGACGCCGUUAACCUGUUGUUAAUACAUGCCAUUGAAUUGAAAAUAUUUAUUGUGGCUGAACUUAAGCAUUUCUAAGGCUUGUUGUGUUGGAAUGUCGAUGGGAUUGUCUUACGGGCGUCGAACUACACUCAAUUGCGAAGCCAUGUGGUACUGAGGAAAACUAGGCGACAUCAACUGAUAGAAUGCUCUCAUUCGGGACUUAUCUGAAGACCUUGGAUCUUUGAAGGAAUGCCUGAGAGUUUGUGACGCUGUAUAUUGAUCCAUCCAUAAGUGAAAUCUUCGAUACCUACUCAUAACUUCCAGCACCUAUAUUAACAUGUUAUUCACUCUCGCCUGUUUCGUGGCUGUUAAUUCGAUGUCUCCGAGCACUCCAGUGCGAUUAUAAUACUCCCCAUCAUUCAUUUCGUCUGACGACGGGUUGGUGUAACCAGCUUGAACAUUCACGACCACAACUCGAUUUUUCGACUGGCCUGCCCCACUUGUCAGCGCGCCGAGAGCCAUCGCAUUUUUCGCUAGUAGGCGUUUCCGUUACGUUUUUCGCACUCUGCAACUGCGUACAACUCAACUUUUUCUGUACUUUUCCCCCCAUAGGCCUUGCCCACUUGUUUACCUUCAUCCGCCGCUUCAGUAGGUGGACUGUCGAUAUGCAUAUUCCGGGUAUUGCCGCUAAAACCGUAUUUUAAACUUUUCUGACAAACUUAGUGUCUUACUUUGGCGUUAUGUCAUGAUGACGACUGACAGUGGUCUUCAAUUCGAGUUAACCUUGUUACAACUUCUAAGUGACUGCUCCGUCUGGCAGAGAGCAGGCUGUUAUCCUUCAUCAAGUCAAGCCAGUCGAUAAAUCCAUUGGUCAGCACACGUAGACACUCCUUAGCCGGUAACUAAGUCCCCUCAUUGACCUUGCAAAUACUACUCCCCAGUACAAGCUAACUGGUGCGUGCACUUGUUCGACGCUGACGUUUUUCUAUUGCCGACUGGGGAUUGGCCAGUUUGUUCAUUGUCUUCUGCUACCUGGAUGUUGUUUCAUUUGGAACGGUUAUAUUCUGUCUGCCUUUUGACCGUCUCGACCCACUAAAAAAUAGAAAUCCUACACCACGACUCUGUCCAUUGUGUUUAUUUUUCUACAUUAGUAGUUUAGAACAAAACAGUUAAGCCACCCCGUUGAUCACUGUAUUUUCACACGGUCUUCAUUCUUGCUUCUACAAAUGCAUAUCGCUGCUGGAAAGAAUUUUCUCUAAAUUGAUUCGAUGUUUAUUUACGGUUUAUUCACAAUCUGUUCUCUUUAUGAUAGCUUUGAUGGUCUUCCUAUGCCAUCGUCUCCCGAAAAGCUUCGCGGUGAGCGCAUUGUUGCACUCUUUUCCGAAUUCGUGCUCAAAGAACAUCCGCUGAUAUUCGAAAACCAUAAGGAAAACUUAAGUGCCGGAAAAUGCUUCGUCCUCAUUGUACACUUUCCUGCGCUUUGCGAAUACAAUAGCCUUUUUUCUCAACAACUGCUGUUAAAUCCACGCCAGACCCUGAAACUGUUCAAUGCUGGACUUCUGGAUGCCGUCAAACAACAUUUUGCUCCGCAAAAACCGGACUUCCUCCCUUCCCUACGUUGUUUAGUCCGAAUUGCCUCACUUCCCCUCAUCCCUGAGAUUUAUAGAACAGAGAUCCCCUACUCUAACCAGGUGGGUCGCUUCUUUGCUCUUCAAUGUACUGUCACACGUGUCGGACCUGUGCAGGUUGUGCAACUGCAACGAACUUAUUCCUGUCAGAAGUGUGCCUUUAUUUUUACUGUGCAGGCUGAUCUUGCGGAGUACUUUGCUCUGCGACAACCUUCUCGCUGUCCAAACACGCUCGAGCACUGUCCUUCGACUAGCUUUCAUCCCCUCAAACAAACCGAAAAUCACUUGGAAAACUACCAAGAAAUUCGUGUGAACGAGCAAUUUAGCUGUCUAUCUGUUGGCAAAAUGCCACGCUCAAUCUGCGCAUGCUUGAAUAAUGACCUGGUAGACACCGUGCGUCCUGGUGAUGACAUCAUUCUCAACGGAGUACUCACGCAUCGCUGGCGUAUUCCUCGUCCGGGGGCAGCCUGUGAAAUCGAACUCGUGGUCGUGGCCAAUUAUAUUGAGAACCGAUCAGAGAUGAAAUAUAGGGGUGAAACUGUGGGUGGCCUGUCGCGUGAUGUUCGGAAGUGUUUUCUGGACUAUUGGACUGAAGCCGACAGCUUUGCCGUCGCUCUUGAUCUGCGAAAUGAACUGCUGAAGGCUCUGUGUCCUGAAAUUCAUGGCCUCUUCCUCGUCAAGCUGUCCUUGGCCUUACUUCUAGUCGGUGCGCCACCAUGCUUGGAGAAAGAUGGUAGGUGGGUUCCCAAUCCUUUCAAAUCUUCACAACAGUUGAUUUUAUUUUCUUUUACGUACAUCUUAUCAAAAGAAAAGGAGGCGUUCACAGGGAGAGGUUUAUUGGAAGUCUGAAGUUUCGAGUGGUUGUUUCUUCUACCCAUCUUCAUAGACUGGGAAGUCAUGCGCACAGCUCGUGAUUGUUAACUCACUUUCCACUGUUUUGCCGGAGCAUAUUUUCUCCGAUUGUGCAAAACCUCACUUUCGUUAUCAGGCCAGGCCUCCAGUCCUUGAAUAAAGGAUACUGUGUUAUCAGGCGUGGCUGCUUUAUCUGCCGUAAAUAUCUGCAGAUCUAUUGGCUACGUAGGUCGUCAACUAAUCUUGUUCGGAUUGAUUGAUUGUCGUGUCCAGUUGAAAUAAUCUGGGUAGGAAGUAAACUAACCAAAUUAUGAACCAGGUUUUCCUCUUAAGUUCUUUACGAAUCCUAAGGAGACUGGUCCUACUGGUCUCAGCAUCAGAUCGUCCAGGCGACGAGGACCAUCACUGCCUCGAGGGCUCACCAGCAACUUAAGCGUCAACGGGGUUUCGGUAAGGGAAAUGUAUCUAUGCCGCUUUCUCCAACUACAACCGCCGCUUUCCGGUGACAGAACGAAGUCAAGGUAGUAGUAGAUGAGUGUAGGCGCAUUGGCUGACGAAGCUAAAUGGUCCAUUUACACGUCUUGCGUGCGACCAAAUUCGUAACCCUUCAUAAGCCAGUCUGCAGAGGGGGGGGGCAUUGUAGCUUUAUCCUCAGUCCUGAAAGGGAUCGACUUAUCCUGUCAGCUGACAACCAUUGAGACCAUGAUUGUUAAUGCGUCGCGUGAGUUUGAAAGCGCGUUUGCUUUUUUAUAGUUCGGAAAUUAAGCACUGAGUCCGAGCCAGAUCUACCCCACACGUUUUUCCACCCAUGUCUCUGUGACCUCCUCGUGGUAAGCUAGCCGAGGAUGAUCCGGGAUGCGGAGGCCGAAGUGAUAUAAAAUCGACGUCUAACGUGUUCCAAACAGAGGCUCGAAUCUUGCAGAUGUGUGAGGUUCAACUAAGCUCGAUUGGCUAACCAUCUGGUGUUUGUUCCAAGGGAAGACCGAGUUCACACUUCGAGAGGUAUCAUUUCAAGUCACGGCUUUUAGCAUAUUAUGUCAAUUUCGGUCGUGUCAGGUUUAUAAUAGCAAGAAAUUUACUGGCUUAUCAUGAGUAAGCGUACCUCAGCAUUGGCUUCAAUACCCAUAGCAUGCACGAACAGCCAGUUCGGACCUAUCGCCCAACUGGCAGCGAGAUUGGGCGCAGUGAUUCAGAGUGGAGAAGUCGUUGCAUACUGUGUGUCACGCGUUCACACACCCUCGUGAUAAUGCUCCCAUUGACUAGCUUCACAGCAAAGUCGAUACGAAACGCGAACAACCCAGGCUGUCCUUUCUGCCUUUCUUGCAAUCAGAUUAUAUAAAAGGGAACGAGCUUCCCAGGAGGCAUGUGGGAGAGCCCAAGGAUGCAGACGGUAGUGAUUGUUGUUUCGUUGUUUGCUUCAACAAGCCACGGUUAGCUUGCCGACGGAAUGCUUAGCCAGCAAUUUUUAGGGCGCCUUUCCUAGCUUCCCCCCAUGAGGGGGUAAGUAGUGCUAUCUCUAAGUAAGGCCGCUCAGUCCCCACAGACGGCUGCCACAUUCCACGUCGCUUCACAACCUUUGUUCGGUGGGAAGACGACCCGGGUUAGCCUUUGCCGCCUACUGCUCUCUCCGUAACUUUUUUUAUGAGGGUGGAGCAGGGGACUAGAGGUUAGUUCAGAGGCUGCCGGGUGUGAAGGCACACACGCCGGACACCCGUAUCCAAUUUGUCCUGCCAGUUACCGGAGUGUGUCCGCCUCGCUGAGCACGACUUCGUGUUGCCACAGAUGGAGGCUGGGUGCCGAAAGGAGCGAAGCAAAAGUGUCUACCAGGUCCAUCGGCGCGUUUCUUAUAUGAGCUUUCUAUCACCGUGGUAGUGCCUGCGCUAUCAGGCCUACUUGGCGUGGCGUAUGCUAUAUUUUUUUGCGUGAUAAUUACCGGCGAAGUAUAUUCAGCGGGAUAUCGUGAUUAUUAAGUCAUUCAGCCUCUUUCCAGUGGCAGCGACGAAUCUGAUUUGAUCAAUAUACGUCACCGAGAUCAAUAUAUACAGCAUAUUUUUGCUGAUGACUGAAUGUUCACUGUGUCAGCGGAGGCAGAGAUGCAGCGGUACGUGAACCUCUUCGCCUGCAGACAGAACCGUUCAGCUGAUCAUCAAAAAUGACUUUGGUGAUCAGCCAAAAAUGCACCAAUUCGCCCAACAACGAAGUCCAUUUUAGCGAUCAUUGCAUCGUUACUGUGCAGCAAACACCUGACCUGAAGCGUGGUUUCUUGGAACGCGACCGUCAGUGACAAAACGGCCACCAGAAUCUCUAAAGCCACUCAGGCCUUUGGCAGUAUAGGGCAGAGUCGCGCAAUCAAUGUCAAACUAAGUGCAUACAGGGUGGUAGUAUCGACUAGGCGGCCCUACGUCGAGUAAACAUGGGUACUCUGUUAGGGUACACAACGGGACACAGCUACUUACAUCUCGAGCCGUCAUCGGGUGGUCCUGAAGACCAAGUGCCGGAAUAGGACAGAAGUAAUAGUGGACGGACACCUCAAAAUGUUCAUUUGAAUGCGUAGGCAUCAAGCAGGCUUCCUGAGAGUCUCUUUCAUAGGAUCGACAGAUCUGACGAGCUGUCGUGAAAAAUGGAACUUCAACCUUCGAAGCCGAAUGAAUACAGGGGCCAAGGCGAAGCGGCGACACGAAGAGUUUGGAAUGUCGAGGAACAGUGUUGAUAGCGCUCCACCUGUCCGCGCACAUCCUCACUGGCAACGUACGUUUAGGGCUCGCGUUGACUUUAUUUUACAUUUUCAUAUGCAACAUAAUGAUAGUAACAACUUGGACUCUAUGCUGAGGACAAUUAUCUACAGCAUUUUAACCAGAAAAGCUACGUUACGUCAACGUUCAGAAGUAGACAAACCAACGAGAGGACGUUUAUGUCUAACCGGCCUCAUCUAAAUAUUAACCUAACGUGUGCAUUGCCAAUUCUUCGUUCCUGCCCAGCUAGAGUCCAGGGGUCGGACUACCGCCACGACUCCUGCCGUCAAAGCCUCUGAACCAUCAUCAAAACCAUAAACAACCUGGUGGAGAUCGCCAUUGUCGUUUACGACGAGUGAGCUGCCCUCCUCCUCUUCCCUCCAUCAUAAUGACAGUAUGAAUAAUAAUAAUAAUAAUAGUAAUAAUAAUAAUAAUGCUCAGGGGCUCGUGGGGGCAAUCGCUUACCCCCCAACGCGGGCCCUGGUUCUUUGGACCAUGCCACUCGCAUUGUGGGUUCCUUGGUUAUAUCUGACUUCUUGAUGUUGGAUAGUCUCACAUUGUGGGUAGGUGUCGUUUAUGGGCAAUGAAUUCCCAUUCUAUAGGCAGAAUUUAACAGGCAUGUGUGACUAAGAUAAGACGGAGCUUUUUAACUAUACUGUAUUCAACGGGCAGUUUAAUUAGCUCGAAUGAAAACGACCAAAAACACACACUAAUCCACCUCAGUCUAUAUUGUACCACGUCAGAUUUAAGGCUGUUGCCGCACUGUCAUCGUUCACUGUGCUUUAUGUUCUUUCUCACAAAGUCUAUUAAACCGUUUACGGAAUUGUUUACUACAGGUACUGUCUAGACUCGUACUAAUUUCAUUCCAAAAUUCAUAUCUAGGGCUGUUGAUGGUGAAUCAUAAAUGACUAUUAUUGGCAUGACAGUGACAGCACCACUGGUCUUGAGGGCAAAUUAGACCAAAUAGGGUUCUGGUAUUAUUUUAGACCAGAAAAACAAGGAAAACAAUGAAGGCCGGGCCUCGGAGACGACUGCUCUAGAGAGGUUUCGCGUGCGGGGUAGUCUGCAUCUCCUGCUCGUGGGCGAACCGGGCACGGCGAAGUCUGCUCUCCUGCGCGCUUCCUGCCGACUUGCCGGACGGGCCAUUCUGACUGCGGCCACAGGCACUACAGCUGCUGGCCUGACAGCGGCUGCCAUACGCGACUCUUCCGGCUGGGCGCUCGAAGCGGGCGCACUGGUACUCGCUGACGGUGGUCUCUGUGCCAUCGACGAGUUCGGCAGCUUGCGCGGCGCCGAUCGGGCUGCUGUGCUCGAGGCCAUGGAGCAGCAGACUGUGAGCCUCGCCAAGGCAGGUCUCCUGGCGCGUCUCAAUUGCCGUUGUUCGGUCGUUGCCGCAGCCACUGCCUCGACUUCCGAUGAUCUCGGUUUGCCCACUCCGCUGCUGAGUCGCUUUGAUCUUGUCUGGCGGUUGUCUGAUCCGAUCAGGUCCGAAACUUGGGAUGCCUCAGUCGCAGACUUCAUUCUUGGUUUAUCCUCUGAGAACGAAUCCCGACCAGUAUGUUUAGGACCUGUAUUUUAAUUUGCCAUAUACUGACAAUGUAGUGGAGAUCAAGGCAAAAGUGAACAAUUUCACUUGCUCUUACCCUCCGCAGAUAAGUGGUGUAUGUAUGGUAUGCUCUGGUGGUGCCGUAGCCGAGAGGACAAAUUCGUUACCCAAUUGCACUGGUUAAAUAGCCAUUUUCUCCCUUAUAAGACUGUUCACGUACGCAUUCUGCUGGAAUUGCUUUUUUUAAUAACCUCGAACGCGUCCAAGAAAACAGUUGUCCUCAUUGUAGUUUUUGGAAACUAUCGAUUCUAUAGUGUUUUUGCACCGGCGACGUCGCGCAUUGCUCGCCCUUGUCACCUUUCUAACUAGCCUACCCACUUAAUCCACACGAGGGUAAGGGAGAUUAGGAUGAGUGGCGACAUGAGCCAUCACAUCAUUGUCAUUAUCAUUUAUCUACCAAACGUUUCUUCUGCUUUCCGCUCUGUUCUCUUUGUUGUCCGCACUUGCGCUUUCCCGGUUUUAUAGUCCUAACCUGGUUUUCUGGCCUGAACCAAGUACCCUAGUGGGUGAUCCUGGUGUUCGCGUCGGACGACUUAGAAAUGCAUUUUCGAAAAAGAAGUUGUCGAGCCUUAGUGAGGUAUCUAUUAGUCACUGGGUCCCUUUUGUAAACAUCUCCGCUUUUAGCAUGACUUAUUCUGUGCUCUGGUGUGAAUGUAUAGCCCUCUAGUGUUAGUCCCUGGACUGACGUUAAGCCUCAUAGUAAGUGACCGAUUUCUAGGUCAAUUUAACUUCGAGUCUGGAACCACUGUCCUCCCGCCUCUUUGCAGAACCCUUAGACAUUGUCUGUUGUUACUGGUCUUUUUUUCAAGACGCGCUGCCGGGUUCACUGGUCCACCGAUCUGCUUCGAGUAUACAUUGCCUGGGUCCGAAGCGAGUUUCGUCCCACCCUCUCUUCCGGGUCAGCUGUCCUUCUGCAGCGCUACUAUGAACUGCGACGGAGAGCACUUAGAGAUCUUUGCGGUGCUGACAAGGACCAGGCACUUGCAGGCAGGACCACACUGCGUCUUCUAGAGAGCCUGGUUCGCCUAACACAGGCUCACGCCAGACUGAUGGCCCGUCAUUCUACUGUUGUUGAGGUAAAUUUUCUCCUUUUGCGUGUGCGAAACAGCCGGGUAAUGCAUGGAGGCCCUGUGCUUCAAACUGACAGACACUACAGCCAUCUUUUGAACAAUGAUUUAAUCCGCCAGUAUGUACGCAAGUUAUAGGAAGAUGAUGAUAGAGAGUAAGGAGGGAGUAUGCAUGACUGCGACUUUUACGACACCAUAGAAUUCCGAACUACUUCGUCGUCAAUACCGACCGUUUAUCUGCACGUCCCUUACGCUUACAAUGGUCUUUACUUGAAACACUGUGCCGUCGUAUUUUCGUUAGUGGUAUUGGGUGCUUCCCGGCUAUUCGGCAUCUGUAAGCAUUAUCAUAAACUUUCUGUUUAAUUCUGCAUUAUUGGCACCAUUGUUGGUUUAGGAUGCGGCACGGAGUUUUUUUGGCCUUGUUUUAACCGGGCUGUAGUCGAUUUUCUGGGGCAGUUCUGUUACUUAGUUUACCCUGUUCACGGUGGUACGAGUCUCCCUCACUGUCAUCUCCGGCAUUCACGUACUUCACGCGGCUUCAAGCACGACUGUCGCGCGUUUUGCUUCCACACUCUGUUGAUCUGCAACAACGAAUAUGACAAGUUCGCUCUGAGAUCUUCUCUAACCACAGACAAGGUUGAUGGACCAUUUCAACAAACGCGCGACCGUCGCUCCUGUGCGAUGCGACAACAUCUGACAUUAUACAAUAAAAGAGUGCGGGCCCAAAAUCCUCCAGUAAUCUUCCUCGGCAGACAUGAGUCGUCGACACAGUGCGGCCAGAAUAAAUGCAGAGCAUACUCUGGGAACGAAGUAUGAUUCUCAAGUGACCAGUUGAUGCCGAGUUUUAAAUGCACCUUCCACACACAUAGCAUACCGUUCACAGCUUCUCAGCCUGGAGCCCGUGAAUGCCAUAGGAUGGAGGCUUCAAGUAAACAGACUUUUACAAAUAUGGAAUAGCAUUCUAGGAAGGAGAGGACUGUUCGUACGAAUGCGUUAUAAAACGAAUGCACUCUGUCCUUGUCAGUAAUGCUAACGUCUGCUUUCUCAUGAAUCAAGUUGGUCCUUUUUUUCUUUGAAGGAUUCGGUGGUGGCCGUAUGGCUUAUGGAGUGCUCCUUCCAAUCCAUAUUCGGCCCCUGCGCGUCCAGUAUCAUAUUUGAGGGUGGAGCGGUUGGCCCAGAGAAUGUGGUGAGGUGCGAUGGCAUGAACUACAGUUUUGAAGAAGUGAAGCGCGUCAUACUUUUGAAGUUAGAUUUAUCUGAAAAAGACCUGGGAUGCAGCGCUGAUGAUGCCGGAGGGGAGAGCGUCGUGACCGGACCGCCUGAAGAUUUCGAAAUGAGCACCACUGUCUCUUUACUUGAUACUUCAUUGGACGAUGCCAUCUCCCGUCCACCCGUCUUCUCAUCCACCCAGCUUCUCGACUUGAAAACCAUCAAUUUCUCACCCGUACCGCUGUCACCUCAGGCGGCUACUUCCACUACCCCACUAUGCAAAGAGUCUCUCAAGGCAUCAACCGGAGACACUACUGACACUGGGGUCGCUGUUUCGGCCGCCGACUUUGAUCUCGGGAACUUACUGCCUUCGUUUUUAAACGAUAUUGAAAGUGACAUGUUUUCGAACUCCACAAACAUAGCCAAAGAUACGGCUCCCAGGUCUGUCAAAAACACUUCCUAUCCACAUUUUCGGACCACACUGAAUAACACGAAAUUCGACCGGGUUAGUAUGUGUGGACUAGCAGAAGCUCCCCAUUCUCAGUCCGGCCCCAGCGUACACACCCACCUUUCCCCCAACUCUAGCCCGGCCACCACCUACAAUGACAAUGAGGAAAGAACCCGCAGGCGCUUGGAUGCCCCACCUUCCUAUCCCGGAGGCUCCAUUGUACCAAACCGGCAACUGCCAUCCUCGCCAGAGCAACUGGCCUUGACCGAAAUCACUGCGGUUGUCAGCAGUGACCGACCAGAUAGCCGAAUAAGUGAGGAUUCCCUUCUGACACGACCUGUUCCACGAAGAGCCGGGGAGGACCGAAUCCUAUCUGAGAGAGUACAUCGCAAACUCUCGAGCUUUCAUUUCCAGCCUAAAGAAGAUGAUCGUCUCCUACCACCCAAAACGUCGCGCACUGAACAUUCCGAUGUGCCGUCGACAGCAGACCCACAUUUGGAAUUAGGAGAUCCGAUGGACGAUGACAGGGCUUCCAGACCCCUGCAUCUUUCUAAGGAAGACAGUGAGAUAAACGCUGCUUCGGCACUGACCUCGAAGCACCAGUCGCUGAUACGAACAUCUGCCGGCUUUGGCAAAUUGCUGCCCGAUGAAUGGUCACUCUCGAACAUAAACUUUGACAUCGACUUUUGA